GGUAAACUUUGUAAGGACAAACGCAGGAGAACGUCUGGGAGAAGAACUCUCUGGAAGCUUAAACAGAGAAAAAUAAACGGAGGGCAGAUCAGGACGUUGGACAGCAGUUUUCUAAUAUCAGAUCAGUUCAGGAACCGAGAGAACUCUGGGAACGUCGGAAAACAAAAACAGAGAGAACGUCAACAAGAGGAACAUCAUAUUUUUAGCAGCACCGCUGAGAUUAGCUCGUAGUGACAUCGCUGGGCGGCAGCCAUGUUUGCGGGCCGGGCGUCGGGGGCGGCGGCCGGGGUGGGGCCGUCGGCGGCGGGGGGGAAAGGCGGGAAGUUCACGGUGGAGGAGCUGUACGGCUUCAACAAGAAGCCCAAGGUGAGCAGAGGGAAUGCUGGGAAAUCGGAGAAGGGCGACGGGAAGAAAGGGGCGAAGGAGAAGGAGGAGUCUCUGCUGGCGUCGCACAUCCUGGAGGCGGCCAGGAGGCUCAUGGAGCGCCGCCGCCUCGAGCUCUACCUCAGGGAGUGUGACGUCACCGUGCAGCACGCCAGCAUGCCCUACCGGAAUCUUGGGAAAUCUGGACUGAGAGUUUCCUGCUUAGGCCUCGGAACAUGGGUGACAUUUGGCUCCCAGAUCUCUGACGAGAUGGCAGAGAGUGUGAUGACCACAGCGUACGACAGUGGAGUGAACUUGUUCGACACAGCAGAGGUUUACGCCUCGGGGAGAGCAGAGACGACUCUUGGGAACAUCCUGAAGAAAAAAGGAUGGAGGAGGUCGAGUUAUGUCGUCACCACUAAGAUCUACUGGGGAGGACAGGCGGAGACGGAGCGAGGGCUGUCGAGGAAACACAUCAUCGAAGGCCUGCGUGGUUCUCUUGCCAGGUUACAGCUGGACUACGUGGAUAUCGUUUUCGCCAACAGGACUGAUAUCAACUCGCCUAUGGAGGAGGUGGUGCGGGCGAUGACCUUUGUGAUCGAGCAGGGCAUGGCCAUGUACUGGGGAACAUCACGAUGGAACGCCAUGGAGAUCAUGGAGGCGUACUCGGUGGCGAGACAGUUUAACCUGGUUCCCCCGGUGUGUGAACAGGCUGAGUAUCACUACUUCCAGAGAGACAAGGUGGAGCUGCACCUGCCAGAGCUCUACCACAAGAUAGGUGUCGGGGCGAUGACCUGGUCUCCGUUAGCCUGCGGCCUCCUGACGGGCAAAUACAACGACGGAGUCCCAGAGAGCUCCAGAGCCGCCAUGAAGGGCUAUGCCUGGCUCAAAGAGAGGCUCUGCAGUGACGAGGGGAAGAAGCAGCUGGCCAAGAUCAAGGAGCUCCACCUGGUGGCCGACCGGCUGAACUGCACACCUGCACAGCUCGCCAUCGCCUGGUGUCUGCGGAGUGAAGGCGUCAGCUCGGUUCUUCUUGGAGUCUCAAACACAGAACAGCUGCUGGAGAACCUGGGCUCCAUUAGGGUCCUGUCCCAGCUGACUCCGCCCCUCAUUGCUGAGAUGGACACGUUGCUCGGCAACAAGCCACGGAGCAAGAAGGAGGCGCGGAGCUGAGGAGGAGGAGGAGCUUCCUCCUUCCUCCCUCUGCUCCUCCAGAGGGAAACUAAAUGACAAGAGACGCAAAUGUGUUUAUUGAC